CGCCGUCCGAUUACCUUCACUAAACUUCAGACUGAGAAUUCAGAUAUUUUUUCAGCAGAGAAAAAGUUCUCUCCUUUUAGCCAAGGAUUCAGAUAUUGAGAAUUCGAAUUCUCCAGCUGCUUCACUGAGACACAAAAGACUCUCUGUUUCCUCCGUGGGUUCAACCAACGUGAGACAUAGAGAAGAAAAUAGAAAAUAGAAAAUAUAAAAUGGGUGAGGCGGUUCUGAGUAGUGAGGACAUGGAAGCGAAACUGAAAGCAGAGGGUGAAGCGAAGAAAGACAGGGUAGAGACAGAGAAGAAGGAUGGGGGUGAGUGUGAUUCUUCAGUUGGGACAAUGAGGUGGGAUAAGCUGUUGCCUACCAUGAACAUGAGGGUCUUGUUGGUCGAAGCUGAUGACUCCACCAGGCAUAUUAUAGCUGCGCUUCUUAGGAAAUGUAGCUACAGAGUUGCUGCUGUACCUGACGGCUUAAAAGCUUGGGAGAUACUGAAGGCACGACCGCAUAACAUAGACCUCAUACUGACAGAAAUAGAUCUGCCGUCAAUAUCUGGAUUCGCUUUGCUUUCGCUAAUCAUGGACCAUGAGAUCUGCAAAAACAUUCCUGUUAUAAUGAUGUCCUCCCAAGAUUCAAUUAGCACAGUUUACAAAUGCAUGAUGCGAGGUGUUUCUGAUUAUCUAGUUAAGCCUAUUAGGAAGAAUGAGCUGACAAAUCUAUGGCAGCAUGUUUGGAGGAGACAAUCUUUAACCCGAAAUUGCCCCCAGGAUGAGAGUGUUGGACAACAAAAAAAUGAAGCCACUUCUGAAAACGAUGCGGCAAGCAAUCAUUCAAGUGGCUGUGGGGCAUCUGUUCAAAGAAACAAGGAGAACAUGGAGAAAGGGACCGAUUCUCAGAGCUCUUGCACGAAGCCGGACUUCGAAACUGAGAGUGCCCCAGUGGAUAUGCAGGAAUUUUCGCAGCAAAUACAGGGCCAAAAUUUUCUGGGUGACUUGAGAAUGCAAAAAGAUGAAGCAAACAUCAAUUUUGGCGAGAAAUUGGUUAUGCACAAAAAUGCAGCUAGAGGGCCAACCGUUGAUGCCUAUGAGGACAUGGACACAGCAAUUUCACUAGGCGAGGGUGUCAGUCCAGAAAGUCAAAGGAGGGAUGCUAAUAUGGCUAGUGAAGCUUGUGACAAUAACGAUCUCCUUGUCAACUCUUCUAAAGAUGCCACUGACUUUUUUGGAGUAUUUAAUAAUUAUCCAAACAGAAACCAGAGAAAUUCUUCUUCAAGUAAUAGACCUAGAACUUUUGAUUCUGCUCCACACUUGGAUCUCUCCUUGAGAAGAUCUGAUUCCAGUGGCUUUGAGAAUCAAACUACUGAGAAAAGGCAUACUCUUGGCCAUUCUAAUGCCUCAGCCUUUUCAAGAUACAUCAACAGGCCAAUGCAGCCCCAGAGUACAACAUUGGCUGGUGUUUGUGAUGAACAAAAGGCACAUGAAACUAAAUUUGAAAAGCAAGCAUCCAAUACAAAUACUGAUUGCGAUACGCCUGGUACAACUUCAAGUAUUCCCAGGAGUAUUAUCACUCUAGCUACAGGACAAUCUAACCAAUCUGAAAUUGGAACAUCAUGCCAUGAGCAGAGACUAUUUCCUCUUCCAGUUCCUGUGAAAGGUAUAAGGUUUAAUAAUCUAGGCAAUGGGUAUGGUACUGCACUGCCUCCAAUGUUUUGUACACAAUCAAGUCCAUCACCAAUGCCAAGUUCAGCUACUCAGCAGGAAUCCUCAUUCCUAAUGAAUACAUUUUAUCCGGCAAAUCUUCAAAAAGAUAAAUCUGAGCAAGUAUACGGCACACUGUAUCAACAUGCCAAAGCUCCCAUGGAACAAACUUUGCACAAUCAGGAUCAAAGAUUUGAUGAGGACCGAGGGCAUAUUUCUUCAACAACAGAUCAGAGUGCAAGUAGUAGUUUCUGUAAUGGUACUGCAGGUCAUCUUAAUACCAUGGGUUAUGGAAGUGCUUGUGGAAGUAAUAGCAAUGUUGAUCAGGGAGCUAUAUUUAGGACUGCUCCAGAGAGCAAGAAUGAAGACACUUUCUUUACUCACAGUGGAAAUUCUCAUCGGUCCAUCCAAAGAGAAGCAGCUCUAAAUAAGUUCCGCUUGAAGCGGAAAGAUAGGUGCUAUGACAAGAAGGUUCGUUACGAGAGCAGAAAGAAACUUGCAGAGCAGCGUCCCAGAAUAAAAGGGCAGUUUGUUCGUCAAGUGAAUACUGAUCCUUCACCUGCAGAAGUUGAUGUCAAUACAUAUGAUAGUUAACUACGUGGUUUCUUGUACUUAAAGUUAAUUAAGAUAGCAGGAUGAGUAGUAUAGCUCUGGUACACCAUUUUCAGUUUUUGAAUCUGAUACCAAGAAGCAAAGAUGAAGAGAAAAAUACAGGUCUGAAGAUGCUUCUGACACCACUUCCAUAUUCAUCUUGUUGUGGAUAUCCAUUAACUCAUAUUACCACCGUAUCCCUUGUAAAAGAGGGUUGUACAUGUUUUUUUACCUUUAAAAUUUCCUUAGGGCUGCUUAGUCAUAGGUUUGUUCAUUCAGAAUUUCAGAUCUUAGUUGGUAUACAGACUUAAUUUAUACUUAUCAUCUUGUAAUUUGAGACGGCAAGGAGAACUGUUUCAUUUAACAAAGGGAAUUACCAAAAUCAGUGUUUUAUA